UCCUAAUAGACAAAAAGUUUUUAAGACAAGAAAGCUAUUAUACAAAUAAUUUUUCUAAAAGUUACACCUUUGCAAGCUUUGUUAGUUAUAAUUCUAUUUUUUUUAAAUAAAAACGUGCGAUUAAUCGCUUAGGUCAGAUCGAUUCAAAUCCGUUCAGUCGAUAUCGCUAUAAGACAACUUUAAGAUAAGCCUGUAAAACGAUCAAAUUUGUCGUAAAGUUAACUGAAAUGAAAGCGUGACCGUGUUCACGUCCAUUUAUCAUAGCGAAAGCGUCUCCUUCAUAUGCUAAGUCUUGUCAUUGUGUCUCCAAAUUUCUCUAAAAGAUUAUAAAAUCCCGAAUUGAUUAACGUAAUUGCUAAAAGUUCUGAAAUUUUGUGGAAAAUGGCAAAAGAAAAUCAAGUCAGUCACAAUCGUUUGAUGCGCAUGGAUUAUGCAAAACAGACGCCACAGCGAUUAUUCCAAGAUCGUGAUCGUGACCAAUAUGAUAUCUUUGUAGAAAUAAAUCGCACUCCACAGAAUAAAAUAGAGGGCAAUAAUUUACUUCAAUCUCGUUGCAACCCCAAAUUGUUAUUUAUAACUUCUCCGAUGGUGAAGAAAGCGACUCCUGUACCACCAAAUGCGCCUAUAAAAUUUAAAAAGCACUUUCCAAAAGAAGGAUUAAAGCCCAAAAAACUUCGAUUUACAGACAAAGAAGUGGAAGAAAUAGAGAACAGAAAUCAUGCUCAAAAAGCUACAGAUUGUGUGAUAAAAAUAUACGGCUUGAAACUGAUAACAGAGAGAAUAAACGUCUUGAAACUGAUAAUAAAGAGAAUAGACCAUAUGGAAAAGAACAAUAUGAAAGAAAAGUGA